AUGAAGAAAGAGGACUUCUUUAAAUGGAACCCUGAAGUCCACCAAGACUGUUCAGGCCUCUUUGUCGGCUACCGGUAUUGUGUCGGAGUCAAAUCUAACUCGACUGGCAACCUUGAGUGGGAAACAUCCAUGCCACCUUUUACUCCUCCCCCAGAACCAACGUCUCACAAACCAACAAAGCUUACGCCUUCCGGCUCAAAUUUCACCCCAACACCAGCACAUGGGCUCAUGCCCACAGAUUGCGUCAACUAUCAUCAAGCGGAAGCUGAUGAGAGCUGUCGCGAUAUCCUCAAGACGUACAACUACCUCUCUAAAGACCAAUUCUUCAAGUACAACCCAAGUGAGCUUCCGAUGCCACCGACUGUCACGACAACACCCAGUGAUGUUCCCAGGGGCAGCCCCAAGGACUGCAAAGCCUGGUACUACACUACUGGUGGAGAAACAUGUGAGCAACUGGCGAACAUGUUUGGGACGUUCAAUAUCAAGGGUUUCAUCGCGAUGAAUCCAUCAGUUCUAGACGACUGUGGUGAUAUUGAAGAUAACACUUGGUACUGUGUCGCUGGCCCCGAUACUCCUACGACCAGAACCGCAGACGUGACAGCGCCUACUCGACCGGCAACAGCUAUGCCAACCCAGUCAGGCAUAGCAACUGGCUGCGAGAGAUACUGGCUUGUUUCAAAGAAGGAUACCUGCAAGUCCAUUCGGCGAGCCAACAGAGUCAGCCGAAGCACUGGCAAUGGAGGGGCUGUGUAUGCCAUCGCCUCCCACCACCCCAAUAUUGCCGGGACGAGACUGUCCCAGGUUGGGAACAGCCUGCUGACGACUUUUGCUGCGAAGGCGAGUCGCAUCAUUGCGAGCUAUGGGUCAAAACUCUCAAAGAUCCAAAAUGCUGUUUCAAGGGGGUUAUGGGAUGACUUCUUUCUUGCCGCCAAGCGUGUCUAUGUGGAGGGCGUCGAGGUGCUUUAUGGUACAAAUACGGUUCAUCCUGGAAGCAAGGCUCUGCUUGAUAACUUAUCGGCACUUCUACUUCCUCAACGACUUUCAAUCAUCCCAGGCCUCGAGGAUGUUUGGUCUGUCGGUACACAUGAACAUCAAGGCAGGGCAGCUCCAAACCAACACCAGUUAGAGAAGAUACUGCACGUUCUUGACACACAGUUCCCAAGCUUAUCCAUCCUUCACCUAGGUAUCAGACUAGAUCUCCCCAUAGUCCAGAUGGUAAACAGCCGACCUACUAUGCAACGGGCGUAUCUCGAUGGAAUGCUCAGGAUACUGGACGAGUUCGUCAAGCGACGAAAAGGUUGUCUCCGUAAACCAUUCAUAUUGUCCAUCACAACAUCUGCCUGGAGAGAUUUAGAGCGAUGCAUUCGCACGGGUGGUUACCCUGGAAUGUGGCUAUCGUGCAGUCGGAUCUGGCGCUGCUUGUUGCCCGGUUCAAAAGUCACAAGUGGAAGUGAUGAGAAUCAGAAUGCUACUGCGGACAAAGGAUAUUGGAUCUGGAGAGACCAUGAUGCUAUUCGCAGGUCUGCGAAUUCAAUGGGACGCGGACAUCUACUGCCACAUACGCUGUAA